AUGACGGGCAAGCAGCGCGCGCAAAAGCGCACGAAAAAAACGCGCUCGUCCCUUGCUGCGCAGCUGGGCGAGGGCGCGGGAGAGCGUGCAGCACGGAUCAAGCUCGGUGUUGCAGGACUUCCUGCGGUACGGUCCAAAUCCGCACAGCGGCGCCAAAAACAGCGCGAGCGCGAGCAGCUCGCGGGAAACCAAGCAGGGCUGCGGGAUUUGCACGACGCGGUGGACCAGGUCGAGUCGGACCAUAUGCAAGCGCCGCGCGCACCGCUGCCAUCCACGCUGACCAAAAAAGUGCAGCGUGCCGUACUCGCACGAGAGCGGCAGCGGCAGCCAGUGCGCAGCCAUUCGCGGCACUACGGACACACGCGCGAAAUACCCUAA